GUUAUUUUUACGGACAAAAUAAAAAUCUCACCCUACAAAUGAAUGUGAUUGGAUAUUUGAUCAAAAACAGAAUUUGCUCUUUGCUGAUUGGACAACAGUUUCCCCGCUUGGACCACCCAAUCAACUAGCAGGAAGUGAUGACUUUCGGUGACGCGUUCUGAGUCGUACUUCGUAUUAAAAAUAAACAUUUAAUAUGACAGUAAAGGCGUAUAUAAUAUUUGUGAACUCCAAUGGUCUUUUUUUUUUGUAACACGGCUCAAAUUCAAACGUGUUAACGCUGCAUUUCAAGAGACACGAUGUGGAAACUACUUACAAGGCGGAGUUUAAUUAUAGCUCCUCACUUAUUGGACAACCUUUUCCUCGAUCGAGCUAGCCAAUCACCGAACAGCAAACGUAUGUAUAAAUUCAACCGCCCCGGAAGUGCAACACCCAGCAAAGCGUUAGAGACAUAUUUGUUCGAAAUUCAACUUGCAAGUUGUGAAAAUGUCCGGCCGUGGCAAGUCAAAUAAGACAAGAGCGAGGGCGAAGACUCGUUCUUCCCGUGCCGGUCUACAGUUCCCAGUGGGCCGCGUUCACAGACUCCUCCGUAAAGGCAAAUACGGCGAGCGCAUCGGCGCCGGCGCGCCGGUCUACCUGGCGGCGGUGCUCGAGUACCUGACCGCCGAGAUCCUGGAGCUGGCCGGCAACGCCGCCCGCGACAACAAGAAAACCAGAAUCAUCCCCCGUCACCUGCAGCUGGCCGUCCGCAACGACGAGGAGCUCAACAAGCUCCUGGGCGGCGUGACCAUCGCUCAGGGCGGCGUGUUGCCCAACAUCCAGGCCGUCCUGCUGCCGAAGAAGACCGAGAAGGCCAACAAGUCCAAUUUGAAGAUGAAAGCAAGCAUGUCUGGACGCGGUAAAUCCAACAAGGCGAGGGCUAAGGCCAGAACUCGAUCUUCCCGUGCCGGUCUCCAGUUUCCGGUCGGUCGUGUCCACAGGCUCCUCCGCAAAGGCAACUACGCCCAGCGCGUCGGCGGCGGCUCCUCCGUGUACCUGGCGGCGGUGCUCGAGUACCUGACCGCCGAGAUCCUGGAGCUGGCCGGCAACGCCGCCCGCGACAACAAGAAAACCAGAAUCAUCCCCCGUCACCUGCAGCUGGCCGUCCGCAACGACGAGGAGCUCAACAAGCUCCUGGGCGGCGUGACCAUCGCUCAGGGCGGCGUGUUGCCCAACAUCCAGGCCGUCCUGCUGCCGAAGAAGACCGAGAAGGCCAACAAGUCCAAGUAAACUGCUUCAGUUUACUGCAGCUGAUCCCCACAAAGGCUCUUUUAAGAGCCACACACUUUUCCUAAAAGCAAUUUUCCCAAAAUUAUUACUACUUCCUGAAUUUUGUCACGAUUUAGUUAUAUAAAAGUUGUAGGGAUAAAGAGAUGACGUCAUGAGUUUUGUAGUUUAUUCCUAAUGAUGUGGAUAAUAAUAGUAUUAAAAACAUCAACCGAAUCACAAGGCUACAUUUACUUGUACAUGGACUACAUUAGGUAAGGGACUUUACUGAAAUGCCAUCAGUGUUGACAAGUUACAAGUAUGUCAUUUUAAAAUUUAAUUUUACUCGAUGCGCAUUUUGUUAUAUAUAUAUA